AUGCUUAUUGAGCAGCAGCCCCAGCACCGCACGGAGCAGCCGCAGCAACAGCAGCAACAGCAGCAGCAACUGCAGCAGCACAGACAACAGCAACGCUUGCAACAGCAGCAGCAGCACCAGCAGCAGCUGCAGCAGCAACAGCAUGUGCAUGCAGCCGGCUACACGGCAGCAGCAGCAGGCAAUCCCAACCCGCCCUCCUCCUCCUGUCUUCUAGGUGCAGCAGCAGCAGCAGCAGCAGCAGUGGCAACAACCUUAGCAGCAGCAGCCACAGCCGCAGCAGCAACAGCAGCAGCAGCAGCAACAGUGGCAGCAGCAGCAAAAGCCACGAAGAAGACAGCAGCACGAACGACUUUAUCACCCAGCAAGCAGCAGCAGCAGCAGCAGCAGCAGCAGCAGCAGCAACAGCAACAGCAGCAGCAGCAGCAGCAAGGAGAGGAGCAGCAAGAGUAG